AUGGACGAGCCGGUCAGCCAGGGUUCGGGGGAUGAGAUGGAGGAGCCGGUGAGGGGCUUCCUGGAGGAGGUCAACUGCCCAGAGCCGGGCAUCAUUGAUCGGCAGAUGAUCGAGACCGCCUACCUGGGGGAGGGACAAAAGGGCGAGUCGGGUCGCCUGCAUCAGCUGGAGCCAGUGGUCUACGAGCGUAUUCGAACCAUGCGGCUGGAGUUCAAAAAUCUCCUGCGGAUCGACCACCUCUGGAUGCUGCCCAAUCUCACCAAGCUGUGCCUCAACUGCAACAAAAUCGAGGUCAUAGAGCACAUUGAAAUGCUCACGGCCCUCAAGGAGCUGAAUCUCAGCUUCAAUUACAUCACCAAAAUCGAGAACCUGGAGACGCUGGUUAACCUGGAAACCCUCUCGUUGUUCAGCAAUCGCAUCAGGAGAAUUGAGAACCUUAGCCUCAAAAAGCUAGUCAUCCUCAGCAUUGGCAAUAAUCUGAUCGACACGGUGGAUGGGAUCGAGCGACUGCGCUUUUUGAACAGCCUGAAAGUCUUGAAUCUGGAAGGUAAUCCCAUUGCGCAGAAGCCAGAUUUUCCACUUGCUCUCUAUGUGACUGCCAUUCUGCCUAAAUUAAAUUACUACGAAUACGUUUUCAUCAAGGCGGACACCCGGGAAGCGGCGCAGAAGCGUUUCUAUCGUGAACUACGCGAGAUCGAGGACAAACAGGAGCGCGAGAUUCAGGCCCUUGAAACGGAUGCUAGGGAGGCAGCCGAAGCAGAGCGACUGGCAUCCAGCUUUGUGGAGCAUCUAGACGGUCAGCAGCUUUACGAUUCCCUGUGGCGAGACGACGAGAACGGGCGAAUACUGAUGCUGGUGGGGGCUCCGGCGCAUGAGCUUUCAGAAGAGUAUGCCAAAGAUGUCCAUCAGUUGACUCAGAGUAUCUACAAACUGGGUCUAAAGCGGUUUGGAGAACGCGAAGAGGAGAUCCGAGACUUUAAUGCCAACCUGCAGGAGGGCCAGCAAGAGCUGCAGUCGCUGGGCCAGUCGCAGAUCGAAGAGUUUCUGCAAUACAAGGAGCGAACUUUUGAAGUGUUACGCUCGAAGUUGAGAGAGCUGGAGGAGAGUGAAGACGGGUCUGAAGAGUACUCCCAUUUGGACACCCUCAAUGGACAAUUUGAUGAUGCCCUUAACGAGAUGUGGCAGAGCUUGAUGUCUCAGGAACUACAUUUGCACGAGGCUGUUGAGGAAUCCACGCUAAACUUCCAUCGCAAGAUCUCCCAGCUGAUGGCCAGCUUUGUGGAGCAGGCUCAGGUGUUCUUCCUCCAGCUCCGCGAUGUCUGCGGGCACUUUGCAGACAACAUGACGGAUAUCGUGACGCAAUUUCUUUCCGACAAAUUAUCUCGUCAGGAACUCGGGUCUGUUCCCAAAGAGUUAACAAUGUGUGUGGACGAUCGCGAGGAGGUCCUGAAGCUGGUCGAAGGGAUGCGGACAGCCCACACCUAUCGCGUUGAUGAGCGCGAGGAUCGCAUGGCCAAGCGCAGCAAGGAGUUCAUUGACAAGAUGAUCCAGCAGCUGAACAACAAGGAAGUGGACCGCCAUCGUGCCAAAAUAUUGGAAAUCAAUUCGUUCAUGGAAAUGAUGACAGAGGCUCUAGGCAAUCUUCCACAGGAGUUGAACCAAGAAUAGUUUU